GCUCAUUGCAUCUUCUAGAAACUUACCAGGGUCAACAGAACACGGCGAAACUGAUGGUUUGCAUCGACAUGAUCUCUUCUCUCUUUGACGACCACCGCAUCACCCAUUUGACAUAAUGCACCCACACACACCAGGAAUUACCGCUGGGAUUCUAAACCAAGAUUGACUUGGUCUAACAUGUGUACAGUAUAGUUGACAGCUGAGCCCUGGAACAGGCGCGCGCAUCGGGAGGAUGUCGAUCAGUGAAGGAACAUCUACGCGCCAAGUCACUACACCAGAUCUCCCUCCAAGAAAAACGCGAGGCGGCAAAGUCCCCUGGAAAAUAAACUUUACUACUUCAGUUCGUGAAAGUGAGGUAGCAGGGCUGCUCCGAUAGUAUACUCUUUGGCUUGAAGGGUCCACUCCACUAGGUAUCUCACCAGAAUCCGCACCGUAUCGCAACCGUGGAAAUAGAAUGGUGAUAAUCAAUACUAAACUACAAGUAACUCUGGGUAAGGAUUUUUCUUCUCUUUAUUGGGUUUGUUUCUGCUAUUUUUCAUUUCAUUUUUCUUUGUCUAUUUUGGUGCGAGUUACGCAGUCAAGUAAUAUAGAUCGCCAAAGAUGGGGGAUAUUAUUGGAGAGGGUAAAGCAAAUAUAUAUUGUACUGCCUCUAUAGAUAGAAUACACCAUACUCCGUACAAAUCUACGCUUUAAUUAGGUUAUGCCAGAGCUUGAUUACAUUUUUACCAUCACAGACUAGAAUUGCACGAAUAUUUGGAAGCGUAAACUUGAAUAUUGAUUAAAGAUACUACUACAUACCGCGAACAUUGCGCUGGACGGUCUACUAGUAGGUGGGCGCGUAAAUGGUCGAGUGUAAACAUGACUUAGUCAGCAGAGCACA